AUGCACGGCGCCGUCACCAGGAUGCCCACAUCCAGCGACGCCUCGACCCCCAGCGACGGCUGCUUCGGCGCGCGCGAGCCAUCGCUCGCCUCCAGCACGACCCAAGUCCCGCCGAACCUGCCGCAGGAGACGGCAGCGGCGUGGCACGGCUUCCCGCACGGUCAAUACUACGCGACGGCUGCCGCCGAGACGCCGCCGCCGCCGUCCCCGUCCCCGCCGUCCCCGCCGUCCCCGCCGCGAGCCGUCCCCGCCUCCGGCCCGAGGUCCGGCGCGGAUACGGGCUCGGCGAGCUCACUGUCCGACGCCACGACGGCCGUCGAUACCGACACGCCCUCCACGCAUCACGGGGAUUGUCUCGUGCUGCUGCGUCUGCUGCACGAGCUACGCGCGCACCUCGAGAACAGGCUUCGCGAGCGACUCCGCCUUCAAGUCGAAACGGCCGACCUGCUGCGCCGUCGCGACUGGGCCUUCUUCGCCCGCCAACCCGGCGAGUUCCUCUCCGGCUGCCUCGGCAUCCGCGAACCGGUCGCUCUCCUCGAUAGGUUCCGAGCCGUCACGUCGGCGCCGCGCGCGGAACCCCAUCGUCCUCCGCCGCCGCCGCCGCUGCCGCCCUUUUGCGUGCACGCCUUCACCCAGCAGCCGUGGCGACACAGCGUCGCGCUCCUCGCCAAGGACAUUGUCCGCAUCAAGGCCCAGUUGACCGAGGUCAAGGCCUUGAUUCUCCACGCCUCCCGCGUCUUUGUCGCCUGGGACGAGGUCGAAGGUGACAGCGACAGCGACGACGACGGCGACGACGGCGGUGGCGAAGCCCUCGCCAGCUUCGUCUCCGUCCAUGCGACGAUCCCGUCGGACGGCACGCGCCCAUUCUUGAGGCCACCGCCCCCCCUUCACGCCGGCGGCGGCAGCGACGGAGACGUCUCGGUUCCGCGGGAGGAGAUUCGUCCCCCACCACUUCCACCAUUCCGCCGAUCCGUUCCCAUCUCGUCCUCGUACUUUGACGUACCUCCAACGACGCAGCGUCACCGCGCGCGCACAACGACGACCAACGAUACGUCGGCCGUCGCGCAGUGGAGCCUCCUUUCCGGAGCCAUCACCCGUCUCCUGCAGGACUUGCCCGAGGAGCAGGGUCUCGAGCUGUUGCACAGCAUUCGGGCCUCGACACCGCUCCUGCCGUCGAUGGGUUCGAUGAGGAACAGGGCGAGCUAA